AUGUACAUAUUCGAUGCCUGCUGUCUUUCCAAUGCUUUGUACUUCACCGAUGCAAGAGGCGUCGCCCAUGCCUCCUACCUCACUGAUGCCUCCUGCCUCAUUGAUGCCUCCUGCCUCAUCGAUGCCUCCUGCCUCAUUGAUGCCUCCUACUUCACCGAUGCCUCUUGCAUCGCCCAUGCCUCCUACCUCACUGAUGCCUCCUCUUCACCGAUGCCUCUUCCCUCGCCCAUGCCUCCUACCUUACUGAUGCCUCCUACUUCACCGACGCCUCUUGCCUCACCCAUGCCUCCUACCUCACUGAUGCCUCCUACUUCACCGAUGCUUCUUGUCUCGCCCAUGCCUCCUACCUCACUGAUGCCUCCUACCUCAGCGAUGCCUGCUGCCUCACCAAUGCCUCCCCCUCCUCCUUCUCCAGCUCCCAAUCAUUAA